AUGACACGUGUGCCCGGCGUGCUGUGCCGGGGCUACGCCCCAAGCACAGGGCGGCCAUCCUCCCCGUGCCGGCCACAGGCAGGCUGCCGAGGCAGCUCUCACCCGGCCGGCGCGAGCCCGGUCCCGUCCAGCCAGCAGCACACCCGCACCCAGGCCCAGCAGGAGCAGGGUCCCACCGGGACCGGUGACACCGGCGGUGGCAGGGACGCUGCGCACGGGCGGCAGCGCCGCACCCCAGACCUGCCCCGGAGCGGGAGACGCUUCCCCCGGGAUAAGCCCCCGGUGCAGCUCGGAGAAGCUCCCCCACCCCGGCGCGGGCCGGAGCACUCCACCUCCUCCACCCGGAGCUCCUGCCACCGAAACCGGCGGGUGUCGGUGUCCAAAACCGCCCUCCCCCGCCCCGCGGCCGCAGGUAGGGGAGGGCGGCGCCGGGAUGGAGGGACCGCGGGGGGGAACGCGGCCGGCGCCCCCCUGGCUCCCACGCCCCAGGGGCUGCAUGUCACCUCCCUCGGGGGAGCACCGAGAGCCCCGGCCGAUCCCGGGUCCUUGCCGCGGACCACCCCCCCCGGCCCCGGGGGCUCCCCGCGCCGGUGCCGCCACCACCCCGCCCCAUCGGGAGAGCACCGGGCGUCCCACUCCGCCUACGGAAGGGGCGCCCCCGGGCCCACGCAGGGCCCUCCACCCGCCGCCGGCACGGCGGGCCCGCUCCCGGCACACGUGGUGCCGCCGCCGCCGCUGGAGCCGCCCCGGCCUCCACGUGUCACGGCACGGCCCGCCGCCUCCCGACGGCCACGGCGGCCACCGCCCCGCCCCGCCCCGCGCGGGGCAGGCCGGGAGCGCACCCCUUCGCCGCCGGCGGCGCGCCAAAGGGCGGACGCCGGCCUGCGGGGACGCCCGGCCGCCGAGGGGGGGCGGGCGGCCAUCUUGAGGGCGGGCAGGCCCUCGAGCUUCGCCGCCAUCUUUGCGGCGGGCGAGGGCGAGGAGGGCCGGCCCCGCCCUGCGCCGCGCGCUCUCCGGAGCUGGCACGUGGAAAAUGGCCUGGAGGAUGCAAGGGAUGGGAGGAAACCAAACUCGACUCAUUUGACACAGCUGCGGUCCAGCCCGGCUCCCCCAGGAGGGGCAGAGGAUGCUGACAGCAGGAUCGUCUCGGAGGGUGCAGGGAUGUGCUCGCAGCAGCACAAAUGCAGUGUGGACAUGCUGCAACAAACAGGCUUUUGUCUAGGGGAGCCUCUCCCCUCCUCCUCCAACAAGCCUGUAGCACCUUCCAAGCCUCUCAUGGACACCCUUGUCUGGCCAAAAUGCCAGCCUAGCAGCAGCCAGGCAGCUGGGUCCUCCUCCAGGGCCAUGGACCCACAUGUGAGCACCAAAGAGCACCCGCUGGGUCAUGCACACAUUGGACCCUGCAGCAUCCAUUCCCUCACACAGGGAGCUGAUCCCAAGGCCGACCCCUCACAGAGCAAGCCUAGCCUGAUGCGAGUCCUGCACGCGGGACCAUAUCCCCUGCACAUGGGGUCCCUGGGGUGCGACCAGAGGGCAGCAGGCGUGCAGGGUCCUGCAGAGCUGCGUGGGGCCGGAGGAGGAUCCCUCGUGGGGCUCAUGCCCCCAGGGAGACCCUGUCUGGAUGGCACUCUGCUCCUUCUGCCCUGGCAUGUCUCCGGCCUCAGUGCUGGGAAGGUGGAGGGAUGUGGUCACGUCCCUGCGCGGCACAGGGUGCAGCAUGGAUCCGAGCAGCUCCCCUGCCUCCUGCCUGGCAGCCCCUGCCACCUCCGCACAAGGUGCGGCAAGCGCCAGCCACGACCACCCCGACCGUGCAACACGCUGCUGCAAACCCUCUUUCCUUCCUGCCCCCCCCGGCUCUGCGGCUGCCUGGCCCCUUCCCCCCCACUCGCCCUCCUCCAGCCUCCGCCGGGGCUGGCAGCCACCACGGUGCCCCCGGCUGGGGGACUGGCAAGGUCCCAAACAGCACCAGCCUUGCGCAGCGCCACGCCGAACAGCCGUGGCGUCCGCCUCUUGUUGCCCCGGCCUCCCGGCUGGAAAUCGCCACCGGCUGCCCCGGGAUCCGGAUCUUGGCCACGCGCCGUUGGGCUCUGGGCUUGGACGGGUGGGUUCGUCUGCUCCCCUGGGUGCCCCCGCACUCGUCCCUCCACCUUCUCCCUGGUUCUUCCUCCGCCCCGGGGGAAGGGCAGCCUGGGCCGGGAGCCGCAGCCUGAGGCCUCCGCAGGGCCCCGGUUAGAGGCAGCGAGCUCCCCCGCGGCCGGAGGGAGCCUGCAGCCGAGGCUCAGCCCCCCGCCACCUCCCCGGGGAGAACAAGCCCCCACGGGUUACACAGUUACACAGCCCGUGGCCCUGACAGCCCUCACCCACGGGUGUUUUGUGGGCAGCGCUCCCUCCGUGGGGUCCCCUCCUCCGACGGCUGCAGACCCCGGGGGGGGGAAGCGCCAAGGGCCCGGGCGCCUCCUCAGGACUGAGGAGCCCUUGACCCACCCCCACACGGCCCCCCCGGACGGAGGGUCGGGCCGGGCCCGGCCCGGCCGUGUAACCCCAGGACCCGGCGGGGGCGGGCGGACGAGACCCCCGGGGCGGGGGCGGGCGCCGACGCCUGACAUGGCGGCGCCCGCCCACCCGCCCGCGGGGUGA